GAUAAUGGCUGGGCAACUACAACCAAUGGACUGCUUCUCUUUUGGGUCCCACCAGAGCAUCAUUUUGGCCUAUGCUGGCCCCAUACCCACAUGGUUAUAGGAGCUCAGCCAACUCACCUUAACAUGCAAUGCUUUGUUCAUGGUUUACAAUGGAUGCAGUGUCACACAGGGGGUCACUAG